AUGGCGGCGGGCGGCGGCGGUGCCGGGCCGGGCGCGGGGCCCGGCGGAGGCCCCGGAGCCCGCAGGGGCAGCGCGAACCGGGACGCGGAGGCCGAGGUUUGGUGCCGGCGGGUGCGGGAGCUGGUGAGCGCGGUCCCCGCCAACCGGCUCUGCUUCGAGUGCGGCCAGCGCGGCGUCACCUACGUGGACAUCAGCGUGGGCAGCCUCGUGUGCACCGGCUGCUCUGGGGCGCUGCGGGGACUGAACCCCCCCCACCGUGUCAAGUCCAUCUCCAUGACGACGUUCACCGAGGCCGAGGUGCUGUUCCUGCAGGAGCACGGGAAUGAGGCCUGCAGGCGGGUCUGGCUUGGCACCUUCGACCCCCGGACUUCACUGCUCCCUGACUCCUGCGACCCCCAGAAGCUGAAGGAGUUCCUGCAGGAGAAAUACGAGAAAAAACGAUGGUAUGUGGCACCAGAACAAGUGAAAGCCCCCCAAAGCAACACAGCGGAGCCCGCGCCCCCCCCAGCUCCUCCAUGGGGACACGGGGACACUGCCACAGGGGGAAUUCCACCCCCUGACCUUGUGGUGCCCCCCCAGCCCCGCCAAGCCACCCACCGCCCUCCCCAGCCUGCCCAAAAGGCCAGCACCGACCUCCUGGCUGACAUCGGGGGCGACCCCUUUGCUGGCCCUGCCCCAGGACCUGCCUUUGCUGCCUUCCCCGGCCUAGCCCCACCCCGGUCUGCCUUCCCCGGUUUCGAUGCCUUUGGAACCAGCCCUGGAGCACCAGCAUUUGGGGGAGCUGUGCCCCCCUUCCACACCCCACCCACCACCACAGGGGGUGGGGCCACCUCUGUUCUGCCCACAGGGGGAGGAGCUUCUGUCAGCCUCUUUGGGACCUUCCGUGCCCCCCCAGCGCUGCCCUAUGGGGGCUACACCAACCCCUUCACAGCCCCCGUGACCCCCAGACCCUCCACCAACCCCUUCCAGAGCAACGGCCCUGGUGCUGCUUUCACCUCGCCCCCCGUUCCUGGGGGAUUCCCCAGCCCCUUCCAGGCUGAUGACGGCUUCGACCCCAAUGGCCCCAUUCGGCAUCAGGCACCCGAGCACCAACCCCUUCCUCUGACUGCUGCUGCUCGUGGGGCGCUUGGCCCAUCCCUCACAGCCCCCCCAGAUUGUGGGGAGCCCCUCCCCCUCCGCCGGGACUAGGUUUUAUUUUUGGUUUGAGAGAUUUAUCGUGAUAUCUAAUAUAUAUUCGAUAGAAACGGC